AUGGUUGACAACUCGUCAUGUUCCAAAAUAUCUCAGUAUUCUGCUCAUAGAUCAAUUGAUGGUCUUGGCCUUGAGAAGUUCAACUUAAAUGAUUCACAGCUGAAUGCAGUAGCAGACUGUUUCUCAGCAAUGGAGAACCACUCACCUUCCCUAAAACUCAUAUGGGGACCCCCUGGGACAGGUAAAACAAAAACCAUUAGCACUAUCCUGUGGGCAAUGCUCAUCAAGGACUUCAGGAUACUUACCUGUGCACCAACCAAUACUGCUGUGCUGGAAGUUGCAUCUCGGAUUGUCAGGCUUGUUGGAGAGUCUUCAGAUGGCAGCGGCUGCUUUCUGAACGAUAUUGUCCUGUUUGGGAACAAAGAUAGGAUGAAGAUAGAUGAUAGUCAUGAUCUUUCUGUGGUAUUCCUUGACUCGCGUGCAAAGCGGUUGUUGCCAUGUUACGUCCCAAUCACUGGUUGGAGGCAUUGCUUGUGCUCACUGAUCGAUCUUCUAGAGAAUCCCGUGACCAAGUACAAGCUGCACAUUGAGUAUAUUCUUGAGGCAAUCAAGGCCAUGGAGGAGGAGAUUCCUAAGGAGGAUAUGGACAAACUCCUCCUGCACCAGGAGGGCAAUUCAUUGCCCCUACAUUCUGAUUUAUGUUCCAAACCCAUCUCCAAAGAUCAUCUUAUCGCACUUCUCUUGGUGUUCCGCAAGCCAAUCCAUAAUGAAGCAUGGUAUGACUCUGAAGCUAUAAACAAAGCAUUCGGAGUACUACCAUUCAAGGAUUAUUUGAAAGGUAGUUACAACAUACUUUCAGAGAAUUUGGGCAAUUGCAUUGAGGUACUGUACAGCGAUCACCCAAGAAAUCCAGAAACAGGACAGAGUUUUCGGUGUAUGCUGGAAGUGCAUGAAUUGAUUGAAAUUCUCCAUGCAUUGGUAAAUUGGUAUACGGAUAAUGAUGAUAUAUGGCCAGAUGAAGUUCUUGAGGGAAAGAUAGAAGAGGACUGUAAUCCUGUUUCCUGGCCUGAGCAGUUAGCAUGUCUGCGGACUAACACAUGCAGUAAAUCUAAGUUCAAGCUGGCCAGAUCCCUGUGUGUGCAAGAAUUACGAUAUCUUCGCAAAAACUUGGAGGUUCCAGUUUUUUACAGCGCGAGGUCUGUCCAACUGUAUCUGUUGCAGCGAGCAAAAUGUAUUCUCUGUACAGUUUCUAGCUCAUUCAGGUUGUACAAUGUGCCCAUGGACAAUUCUGAUUCUGAUAUAACUGGAUUGAUGAAGCCUGAAAAUUUCAAUCCUGUGGAGUUGCUGAUUGUUGACGAGGCUGCACAGCUCAAAGAGUGCGAGACCUUAAUUCCCUUGCAGCUGCCUGGCAUAAGGCAAGCUGUUUUCAUUGGAGACGAAUAUCAGUUACCUGCUCUGGUGAAAAGUAAAAUAUCUGACAAUGCUAAGUUUGGGCGAAGUGUUUUUGAGAGGUUAAGUAUGCUCGGCUAUGGUAAGCACCUUCUGAAUGUGCAAUACAGGAUGCACCCAAAAAUAAGCAGGUUUCCAGUUGUUACAUUUUACGAUGGCAAGAUAUUUGACGGUCCCAAUGUCACUAAUAAAAGUUAUGAAAAGAGGUUUUUAGCAAGUGAUGUUUUUGGGUCGUACUCGUUCAUAAAUGUAGAUGGAGGACAUGAAACAACUGAGAAGCACGGUCGUAGCCUGAAAAACACAAUUGAAGCUGCUGCAGUUUCGCGGAUAGUGCAGAGGUUGUUCAAAGAGUCAUUCUCUACAGGAAUCAAGAUCUCUGUUGGUGUUGUGUCCCCAUAUAAUGCUCAAGUUAGAGCAAUCAAUGAAAAACUCGGAAAAUCCUACAAUAAGCAUGAAGGUUUCUCUGUGAAAGUGAAAUCUGUGGAUGGUUUCCAAGGUGCAGAGGAAGAUAUCAUUAUCAUAUCAACAGUGAGGAGCAACAAGGCUGGUUCUGUUGGAUUUCUUACAAACAUGCAGAGGACCAAUGUUGCUCUGACAAGGGCUAAGCACUGUUUAUGGAUAGUAGGAAAUGGGAUGACUUUGUCCAACAGCAAAUCUGUUUGGCAGAAGAUAGUCAAAGAUGCGCAAGAUCGAGGAUGCUAUUUUGACGCCAGUGAAGACAAAGAUCUGUCAAAUGCGGUAAUCAGGGCCGUGAUUGAGCUUGACGAUGCUGAGAAUUUGGUGAAGAUGGACUCGCUGCAUAUAAGCAGGCCAAGGAUUCAGGUAUUUCCAAAGGACUUCGCAAAAGCGCUGUCAUAUGGUCAUAUCACCCUAGCAAGUGUGAGCUAA